GCCCGAGGCUCCCAGACCCGCGCUGGGGCUGGCGCUCAGGGAGCCAGCUAGCGGGCGGGCGGCCGGGAGGGCGGCCGGGCGGCGCCUGGCGGGAGGCGAGGUAGAAAGUUUCUCUGCUCGCCUCAUCUAGCGAGCCGGAGCCGAGAGCAAUCUCGGGACCCGCCCGGCCAGCGCGAGAAGAGAGACGGGAGCACAUCGCCAAACACACUGGAAAAGAAAAGAAAAAAAACCUGAAGUCAGCCCCAGGCGCAGGGACAGAUAAGUUCUGUUCCAGCUAUUACACUUCUAGAAGGCACCCUAAUCCUGUCUUUCAGUUGAUCAUGGGCUCCCUGGACAGCACCCACCAUGGGUCUCAGCUCUCCCAGGCUCUGUGAGGCUUCUGCUAUGACUGCAGUCUCUUCCUGGAGCCAGGACUGCCCGCCCUCGCCGCCCCUGCCACGCCAGGUCCCCGCUCUGCCCCACCUGUCCUCGGCCCUCGUGUCGCCAUGGGCAGUGUCAGCAGCCUCAUCUCCGGCCACGGCUUCCACAGCAAGCACUGCCGGGCCUCGCAGUACAAGCUGCGCAAGUCUUCCCACCUCAAGAAGCUCAACCGCUAUUCAGACGGGCUGCUGAGGUUCGGCUUCUCCCAAGACUCGGGGCAUGGCAAGUCCAGCUCCAAAAUGGGCAAGAGCGAAGACUUCUUCUACAUCAAGGUCAGCCAGAAGGCCCGGGGCUCCCACCGCCCUGAUUACACAGCACUGUCCAGUGGGGACCUAGGGGGCCAGGCAGGGGUGGACUUUGACCCAUCCACCCCACCGAAGCUCAUGCCCUUCUCCAAUCAGCUAGAGAUGGGUUCUGAGAAGGGUGCUGUGAGACCCACGGCCUUCAAGCCGGUGCUGCCACGGUCAGGCGCCAUCCUCCACUCAUCCCCUGAGAGCGCCGGCCACCAGCUGCAUCCCGCGCCUCUGGACAAGCCCAAGGAGCAGGAGCUGAAGCCCAGCCUGUGCUCCGGGGCACUCUCCGACUCCGGCCGGAACUCCAUGUCCAGCCUGCCCACCCACAGUACCAGCAGCAGCUACCAGCUGGACCCGCUGGUCACUCCGGUGGGGCCCGCCAGCCGGUUUGGGGGCUCAGCCCACAACAUCACACAGGGCAUUGUCCUCCAAGACAGCAACAUGAUGAGCCUAAAGGCCCUGUCUUUCUCUGAUGGGGGCAACAAGCUGGCCCACGCAAGCAAGGACAAGGGCUCUGUGCGCUCCCCCAUCUCCACGGACCAGUGCACCAUCCAGGAGCUGGAGAAGCAGCUGCUGGAGAGGGAGGGCGAGCUGCAGAGGCUGCACCGCAGCUUCGAGGAGAAGGAGCUGGCCGCCAGCCAACCUUACGAGGAGCGGCCGCGGCGCUGCAAGGACGAGCUGGAGGGGCUGGAGGCCAAGAGCAAGAUGAAGGUGGCCGCACAGAAGAGCCAGCGCGCUCAGCAGGUCCUGCAUCUUCAGGUGCUCCAGCUUCAGCAGGAGAAACGGCAGCUCCGGCAGGAACUCGAGAGCCUCAUGAAGGAGCAGGACCUGCUGGAGACCAAACUCAGGUCUUAUGAGAAAGAGAAGACCAGCUUUGCCCCUGCACUGGAGGAGACGCAGUGGGAGGUGUGCCAGAAGUCCGGAGAGAUCUCCCUCCUGAAGCAGCAGCUGAAGGAGUCCCAAACAGAGAUCAACGCCAAGGCCAGCGAGAUCCUUAACCUGAAGGCUCAGCUGAAGGACACGCGCGGCCGGCUGGAGAAUUUGGAGCUGAAGACGCAGGACUUGGAGAGCGCGCUGCGCACCAAGGGCCUGGAGCUGGAGGUGUGCGAAAACGAGCUGCAGCGCAAGAAGAACGAGGCGGAGCUCCUGCGGGAGAAGGUGAACCUGCUGGAGCAGGAGCUGCUGGAGCUGCGGGCCCAGGCCGCCCUGCAGCGGAGCAGGGACGCGGCUGCCCUGGGUCCCGCCUCCGCGGACGACGUGCCCGCCCUUCAGCGCGAGCUGGAGAGGCUGCGCGCAGAGCUCAAGGAGGAGCGGCAGGGGCAUGACCAGAUGUCCUCUGGUUUCCAGCACGAGCGGCUGGUGUGGAAGGAGGAGAAGGAGAAAGUGAUCCAGUACCAGAAGCAGCUGCAGCAGAGCUACCUGGCCAUGUACCAACGGAACCAGCGCCUGGAGAAGGCACUGCAGCAGCUGGCCCGCGGGGACGGCGCAGGGGAGCCCUUUGAGAUCGACCUUGAGGGGGCUGACAUCCCCUACGAGGACAUCAUCGCCACCGAGAUCUGAGGGGCCUCCUGGGAGAGGGCCGGGGACAUGGCAUUGGGAGGCAGGGGUGCUGAGUCUGUCAAUGGGGGCUCCCUUGCCCUGCUUCCCUGCUCAGGCCUCAGAGAGAAGUACAGACUUCAAGGCGAGGAGAUUGGUUGCGGGGUGGGGGUGGGGAACGGUUGCUGCUACAGGGCCUCUCCUGGCCUUUCCCAAGAUCCAGCGCUUAGCAACCCUGCAGCAGGCCAGACCUCCAGCUUUGCCAAGAGAGGAGUCUUGGGAUCAUCAAGAUUUGGUUACGGGCUUCCUAAAACUUGGUCUUUGUUCAAAAUGCUUAGAGAUUUUGAACCCUCUAAGCAUUUAGAGGGUUCCCUAAAUGCUCUCCCAGAGAGGGUGGUGACUGUCGGAAGCUCCCUUCCACCUCUUUUCCUACAACUUUUCUUGCCCCCUACCCCCGCUCCCAACACACUGGGAUGCCCCUUGGGAACAGAACACAAGCAUUUAUGACCAGAAGCUUUGGAAUCUGACCUGGUCAUACCUAAUCUAUUCCCCCCAGCCAUGGAGAGACAGAGGUUGGAGUGGGAGUGGAGAGCCUGGCUGAACAGCAAUAAGAGCUUCCCAACACUGUAGGUCUCAGAAAGGAGGGGAGAGCUGGGGCCACCCGGCAGAUGUCGAGACUCAGCAAGACCAGAGGGUGUCUGAAGGAGAAGCUAGGUGGUGACAGCCAGACUCUCUAGCCCUGCUGACUGGACGUGAGCAGCCUCGGGAUGACUGGUGGCCUUUGAUCUCUUCUUAAAGCCAUAGCCCCAAGGCCCUGGGAUGGGUGCUGAGGAGGAAAGAUGAUGCAGGGAGUGUGUGACUCCAAGCUGUCCCCAGGGGAGCCCCCAGAUCUUUUCAUCAUGAGACCAGAGAUAGGAUUUCCCCUCCUAUUCAAGUUGCUCAGCAGUUACCCUGCAUUGGUUUUGAUUCCUAAAACCAAGUCUUUGCUUAAACUCAGAAUAACCUUUGUCCACUGAGAUGGCCAGGGUCAUCUGGGUUAGGCCUUCCCCCUUCACCUUCAGCUCCAUCCUGCUGCCAGUCAUGUCCCUUGUCACCUCCGGGGCUAAGUACAGACAGAGCCUUUACAGGUUAGGGAGGGGCCCCAAAGUGCCAGUGUCCAAAGACAGUAAGAGGCUCAAACACAGCCUCUGAAUGGCCCUGGGGCCCCCGGCUGCACCCGCCUCUACUUGCAUUAGCCCCACCUGAGCCCCAUAGUCAAGGACUCCUGGCCUGCAGAAGGCUGGCUUUCCCUUUCAAAGAUGUGCGGAGAAAAGAUUGUUUCUCAGUUGCUUGGUUCAGGGAAUUUUCUUCUUCUUUUUCCUUUCUUGUCUUUUCAGACACAAGCCAGAUCUCGCAGGCAGCCAGGCUGUUCCAUGUUCUAUUUUUGCCUCGAGCUGCAGCUGCUGUUCCUGGGACAGCCAGCCCCGGCUGGAUUCCUGGGCUCACGCCCGCAUGCUGAGGGGGGUUAACUGAAUGUCUGAGUAUGUAGCAGCCCCAGGCCAUUGCUCCCCAGUUCUGUCCCCGACUGUGGACCCCUCCAGGCCCCAGGUGGUAGUGGGGAGCUGCUUCUCCUCCAGACUCCCAUCCUGCCAGGGUCCCCCCACAGUCCCUCCUUGAGCCUGGACUGAGAGCAGGGCCGCCUUCCCGGAUGCUGGCUCUGCCUUCCAUUCCCCAAGUUAGGCUGUGCCUGUCCUGCCUUCACGUGACAGAGGAGCCUCUCUGGAAUUUCAAGCCAUUACUCUUAGUCAUAGGCUAGACUUAAACCCGGAAUCCACAGGCCCAGAGCCCCCUCUCUGCUUGGAGGCCAGUCCCCUCCACAGGACACAGGCAGAUCACCCCUGCUUCCCAAGUUAAAGACUUCCCCCUUGUCUCUUGGUUGCUCCAUCUCUACCAGCCUGUGCCUUGUCUGAGUCCUUUCCUCCCAGAGGCUGUCCUGACGGAUAGAAAGAGGCUGCUGCCCCCUCCUCGGGCUGGAGACCUCCCCUCCCAAAGGGCAGCCAAAAGCCCAUUGCUCUGCCCUCAAGACCUCGCUGCAAAGAGGUGGGUGCUAAGCCCCAGGGAAGGGCGCUCAGGGGCACAGCAGCUCCACCUCAGUGUGACAGUGCCCUGCACCCCUGUCCCCAUCUCUGCCCCAGGCCAACCCAUGGAGCCCUCCCUGGGUUGCCACCAGCCCAAGGCUCCAGGGUGGCCCAGUUGCACCAGAAUGAAAGUGUCCUAUAACAUAGCGACCUCGCCGCGGUGUGGUUUCUCUUCCCUUCUCUGUGCUAAAACCUCCGUGCUAUUCCUGGACCUUGCCAAACCCAGCCUCUCUCCGGAAGCAGCCUCUGAGCAGCAGAGGCUGAGCAGGACUGGAGAAGUCGGCCACGCAGGCCUCGGAACAGGCGGCCUGGCCCAGGGCCAGUGGGAGCUCGCUGCCUCUUCCCCCGAGAGCGGCUGCUGGGACGCAUGCUCGCUGGAUCAGAGCUGCGGCUCUGCUAGCCAAAGGAUGGUGAAGCUCUCUGCUGUGAGCAAGGAGGCAGCCACCCUGAUGGGGGCUCUGCCUCUGGGCUUUGGAGUGACCAGACUCUCAUGUGGCGCCCACCCUGGAUUUAUCCUCUGGUCUCUGCAUUUGGAUUAACCCCUGGGGGGCACAGUCAGUCCCCAUGAACACCGAGUUCCAUGGGGACUACGUUGGGGGGUACCUCUCCCCUGAGAAGCACCCACCGAGCCUCUGCCCCUGCUCGACUCCCGGCCUAGCCUGGGCCACUUCUUAGGAGAGAGAUCCUAGGGGUCAGGCAGGCUGGGUGGUCAGAGCCGCAGCUGUCCCUGCCAGGAGGGCACGCACCUGUGUAUGCACCUGUGUGCUUUCAUGCUCCGCCUUCCUCAUUUAUCUGUGGUCCCCCUUGCGCUUCCUCUGCAGGCUAAGCGGGAACUCCGGCCCAGGCUGGCUAUGGAUGGACAAGCAUUUGGAAGACUAUGUACAGAGUUAUUUUUCUCUUGGUUGUGUCUUGUUUGGUUUGCUCUGCUUUUGACAGCUUUGAUUUAUUUUUGAUGCCCCCUUUUGGCCAUGUAAACUAUUUCUGGUAAUUUUAUGUUUUUAUUUAUGAAUAAAGAAUGCCAUUUCUCAUGCCCUCCCAA